AUGCACAACAUUGACGGGCAGGCACAUAUUGGAAAGGUCUGUCUGUCGCUGCACACCCACACACACACGCAGGGCAUACACAGAGGCAGGCAACCAACCCACGGCACGCAGCAUGGCCUCUUCGUUCUAAACUGACGGAUGGAUGCCAACACCACCACAAACACUCACGCAUGAACUCACGCAACGAUAGACAGACAGACAGACAGACAGAAGGUAUGGAAAUAAGCAGGGACAUCCGUAUAUCAGACAGGGAGUGGAGUGAGUCAGAGAGGGGGAUGGGUGAGCCAGCCUGUCUGUCAUGGCCCUGCUGCUGCCGCUGCUUUGGCCUCGGCAUACUUGUACUGAGGCAGCUGUGCACGCUUCUCCUCAGGAGAUAUCUGAAACACACACACAGACACACAGACAGACACACAUGCCCGACGGAACUUGCUCGUCUGUCUGUGUGUGGUGUCUGUUUCCUUGGUUACCCACCUCUUCAUCUUGGUACACCCAUCGCGGUCCCCUCCCCUCCCCGCCCUCAGCAGAAGCAACCUAUGCACACACGAACAAAAGACAGACAGCCAUGAAACCCUCAUCAUUCCUCUACACGUCGUCACUCACCGCGGCCUCGCCGUUGGUCUGUGCGGGUGCCGUCAUGCCAGGUGGCGUCAGCCCCGGGGGCAUCCCCAGGCCCCCAGGCAUCCCCAUCCCCGGCCUCAUCGCAGCAGCGGGCGGCACCAACCCUGGCGCGGCCCCCAUGGCUGGCGGCACCAUCCCGGCUGCUGGGGUGGGCAGUCGCGGGACCAUCCCCAUGGCACCUAUCAUGGGCAUGGUGGGCAUGGUCGGCCGCAUGAAGCCCCCCAUCAUGGCCGGAUACGCACCGCCAAACGGAAACGCGCUCGGCAUCGCAGGAGCUGCACACACACACACACACACACACACAAAAGAGAAGCAGAAGGGGAACGAUUUGAGACGGAUGUGGUGUGGUGUGAUGUGGGUCAGACAGGACAGAGAGGAGGGCAGUCUAGGAGUCAUGAAUGCAUCAUGCAGCAGGUGGAGUGAGUGAGUGAGUGUCAUUCUGGCUUGCGUGCCUGGUGGAUAGGGAGAGGGGUGGAGGAAGCGACCCAAAUUGGGGUCGGUCUUGGCCAGGACAUUGCCGGAGCGCGACAUGCCCUCUCUCCCCGCCUGUCUGUCUGUCUGUCUGUCUGUCUGUCUGCUCCCCUGCCUGUCUGCCGACUGUCAGAUCAUUCGUGCGAUCGAUGUGUCAGUUACUUGACAGACGAAGGGAGUAUGCCAUGCGCUGGAGAAAAAAGGCCAUCCGUCACCCGUCCAUCCAUCCCUCCAUGUACCGCCCAUGCAUUGCACCCCACGUACCUCUAUCACGAUGGAUGCCCCGACCCCCCGCUUACUUGGCACUGCAGCAGGCAUCAUGGGCGGCACCACUGGCAUACCGUUGGGCUGCGCACCGCCGCCACCAGCACCACCACCCCCCGGAGCGCCGCCCUUGUCGCCCCGGUCAUGCAGGAACUCGGCGGGCACCCCCUCCAUGCCGUGGACGAUGACAUCUGGGUUGUCGCGCCCAUCCAGCGCAUUCGGCACCUUGGUGAUGGUCUCCUUGUGCACCUGAAGCAUGUGCACCACCAAACCUGACCACACAGCACAACAUACACCAAAGGUACUGUCACAUGCAUCUGCAGAGCCUGAUCCACUCUUGUGUCACUCACCUGUGGCGGUGUCGAGCUUGCGAUGACACUGAUGGCAUUUGAAGUGCUUCGCCUUCUGGUGCUGGACCAGCACCUUCUCGUCGUCAAACUCACGGUCACAGUAGUAACAAAAAGGCUUCACUACAUCAGCCUUUCUCUUCUUGCGUCCCCUGCAGACAGCAAAGCACACACGCAGACAAGGCAGACAGACAGGUGAGGCGUGGAAUGAGACAGACAGAUUCCUGCCAUGCAUAAAGACACACAUACAUACAUCGCUCAAGGGCACUCCCGUACGUUCCUCGUCCUUCACGUCGCGGAGGGAGCUGCAAUUCGAGCUGCAGUUGCGAGCUAAGCGGAAGGGAAGAGCGCGGGCAGGGGGAUGCUGAGCUGAAACGUGGUGAACCGCACACCCGUGCAGUGCAGUAACUCAU